AUGUCGUUCGGCUUCGCUCCACGGAAAAUUGGCAAAGCGGAUCUGCAGUUGACCGAGCGAGAUCUGAAUGAUGCCGCGGAAGCCCGCCAAGGGUGGAAGCCGAACACAUGGACACUCGAUCAAGCCGCACGCGUCUUGCUGUUGAUGUCGCUGCCGGCCGAAGAUGAUGCGGCCUAUUUCGCAACGGUCGAAAAGCUGUUUCAGACCGCCGAAAUUCGCGAGCAGAUUUGUCUCUAUCAGGCCCUCCAGUUGUUGCCGCACCAGGAACUGUUUGACGACCGAUUGUCCGAAGGCAUCCGCACGAACAUCAAGACCGUCUUCGAGUCGAUCGCCCAUCACAACCCACUACCGAUGGAGUUGAUGACGGAACAUGCGUGGAAUCAGAUGAUUCUAAAGGCACUGUUCAUCGGUGCGGCACUCGAUCCGAUCGAAGGUAUCGACCAGCGUGUGAACCCUGAAUUGGCCCGAAUGCUGAUCGACUUUGCCCACGAACGACGGGCAGCCACGCGGCCGAUUCCCGUGGAACUGUGGCGUGUCGCAGCUCCGUUUGCCGAUGAAAUAGCAUUAGAAGAUAUGAAGGCCUUGUAUGCCUCCGGCGAGCAGCUCGAGCAGUCUGCUAUCGCUUUGGCACUGGUAGCAACCGCCUCGGACGAAGCGGACGUCAUCCUGAAAACCAAUCCCGAAAUCGCCAAACGUGCCGAAAGCGGCGAGAUCACCUGGCACGCGAUUGCGGAAGCGGCGUAUUAA